ACUGUUUGGAUGCCCCAGUGUCACAGGGGUGCGCUGACCAUCCCGGGAGGAGAUCUGAGCAUGGCUGCAUAGGACACGGGGCUCUGGCCCCAUGCACAGUGGGCUCGCAGGACCGCAGGGCCUUGGCAGGGGUAUGGUGACAGCCCAGGAGCAGGCCCCAGCCAGCAAGGAAAUGGGAAGUGAAACUGAAUUUUGCUUUCAAUUUUCUACGCCCUCCUCCUCCCAGCGGAAAUGGACUUUGUGGCUGCUUCUGCUGGCUGGGGGCAAUGACAGACAAGCUGCUCCUGAAUGUGCGGUUGGACUUUGUGGAGCGUGCAAGCAAGCCGCUCAUCUCCGGGCUGCUGGAUGAGCUGAUGGCCCGAGGGGUGCUGAACCAAGAGGAGGUGGAGGAGGUGCAGGAUAAGUACACGGUGCGCACUGACAAGGCCCGCUGCCUCAUCGACUGCGUGCGCCUGAAGGGCCCCCGCGCAAGCCAGAUCUUCAUCGACAGCCUCAGGAAGCGUGAUGGCACCUUGGCAGAGCAGCUGGGCCUGGCCACUGACAUGGGGCUCCCCGGUGCGCAGCUGGUCUCCCCCAGCCCCCUCGUUGCCAUCCAGGGCCAGCAGUGGAUCCGGCAGUGUUCCCUAAGCGAGUACCAGCACAUCAGGGCCACAGAAGGAGACCAGAUCUAUCCCCUCUAUCUGCCACGGGAGGUGCGAACCCGCAGGGCCCUGCUCAUCUGCAACAUUGACUUCGAGCACCUGAGCCGGCGGAAUGGGGCUGAAGUGGAUGUACAGGGGAUGACAAAGCUGCUGGAAGGGCUGGGCUACGCGGUGGACAUCCAUCACAACUUAUCUUCCGAGGAGAUGGCUACGGUCAUGAAUGAUUUUGCAGAUCGCAAAGAGCACUGCACCUCUGACAGCACCUUCCUGGUCUUCAUGUCCCAUGGGGUCAGGGCUGGGCUCUGCGGGACCAAGAGCAGAGACGAAGCCACAGACAUCCUCUCCCUCGAUACCAUCUACGAGAAGUUCAACAACCAGCACUGCCAGGCACUGCUGGGCAAACCCAAAGUGGUCAUCAUCCAGUCCUGCCGUGGAGGCAAGGUGGGCUCUGUGCUGGUGAGCGAGGCUGCAGACCUCUCUGUGCCCACUCCCGGCCCCACUCACACCACCCAUGUGGCGCUGGAGGGUGACGCCAUCUGUGAAGUCCACCUGGAAAGUGAUUUUGCCACUUUACAUUCCUCCACACCUGAUACUGUCUCCUGGAGAAGCUCAGUAACAGGAUCCCUUUUCAUCCAGCACCUGAUAGAGCAGUUUCGAAACCACGCCUAUAACAGUGACUUGGAGGAGCUAUUCCGAAAGGUCCAAUAUUCCUUUGGAAAAUUCCCUCGGCAGUUGCCAUCAAAAGAGCGGACUACGAUGCCCAGGAAGUUCUUCCUCUUCCCAGGCAUCUGAUCUCCUGACCAUGUCCCUGAUGAAGAGUCCCUCUCCGGCAUCCUUGUAGCCCCCUUCAGGUACUGCUCUGAGGUCUCCACACAGCUUCUCUUCUCCAGGCUGAACAGCCCAAACUUUCUCAGCUUGCCUUCAUACGGGAGGUGCUCCAGCCCCUGAUCAUCCUCGUGGCCUCCUCUGGACUUGCUCCAACAGCUCCAUGUCCUUAUUUGAGGACACCAGAACUGCACACGGUACUCGAAGUGGGGUCUCAUGAGCGCAGAGGGGCAGGAUCACCUCCUUCGACCUGCUGGUCACACUCCUAUUGAUGCAGCCCAGGAUACAGUUGAUUUCUGGGCUGCAAGUGCACACUGAAGCCAGCUCAUGUUCACUUCUUCAGAAAAGAAAGGACCAGAGAGAAAGCCCAGAAAGAGUGAAUCUCCAAACCAGCUACUUGUGCCCCUUUGCUAGACAAUUGCAAACAGACCUAGAAUAAAACAGUCCUUGGUCUCCUA